GUGAAACUGAAGAAACUUCCGGGUUUGUUCGUUGACGUUUUUUAGGUAAAAAAAUUCCUCGUUUCUCCGAUUUCCAGAACCCCAGAGAAUCCCUAUAUAGACGGACAUGUGUCUGGACGUUCACUCGAAGUGUUGCAAGAAAUGUGAACCAUGAUGACAGAAAACGGCCCAACCACACCACACUGUAGUUUCAUGUACGAUGCUGCAGUCUACUACGACGAAUUCGACCCAAAAAAGACGGAGAUACAAAAGUUACGAGACAAACUGGAGCACAGUAGAUGGGGGUUUUCCAUCUGUGACCCACAUAGAGACGGACAAGGGGAACAGAUGAAAAGAUUCAAACAGUCCUUCCUUGAUAGCCGCCAUGCGAUAGUCUUCCUCUCUCCAGAUGUACUGGAAAGGAUGAACACUAACAGAGAAGAUGGCGUGGAGUAUAAGAUGUUAACGUUCUUGGCCGGAAUUUUGGAAAGUCACGAUAUAAAGCUGAAGAGGAGGCUCAUUCCAGUCGUGUUUGGGAUUGGAGACGAGUAUUUCCAGAAACCGUUCCUCCUGAGUGACUUCAGUAUCCUGUGUCCAGAGAAAAAAGGGUUCAACAGACACCUGUACAGAAAUCUCAGCAAACUGCCAGCCCAAACCACCAUCACACAAAGGCAGAUCAGACAGAGGGUUGAUGCUAUGGGAAGGAGCAGAUACACAGAAACAGACGUUAUUGAGGUGGCAACUGGACUGGAGAUACCAGAAGAAGUCCUGGAGGACAUCAAACAAGAGUAUGGAGGACACAAGGCUAUGCUGAUAGAGACCAUGGAGUGUUGGAGAUUGCAUCAUGGACCAGAGGCGACUGCUGCUAUGUUAGAGCGUGUCCUUGAAGGGUCGUCCUCUACGCCUUACCAAGUCGCUGACCUACCUCCACAGAGUAUGGUGAGGAUAAAUAUCACAGAGGAACCUCGGUCCAGGGCUCCCAUUCAGCGGCAAACUACCACUUCUGAAGUCCAAGGAAGUAUGGAUGAAACUGCUGAACGUUUCCAGACUUACAAAGAAAAUUUGGUAACUAACACCGAAGAGGCCCAACUACAUGGUUCAGCAAAUUUUUCUCCUGAGGCAGAUGCUGUAACCAGUGAAACUGAAGCUCCCAGCACAGAAGAAAGCCAGGCAGAAGAAACAGAAGCAGACAGACCUCCUCCAGAAUCUGAAGCUGUGACUAGUGAAACUGAAGCUCCCAUCACUAAUGGAGAAAGACAGGCAGAUGAAACAGAAGGACCUGACCCUGUUACCAGUGAAACUGAAGCUCCCAUCACAGAAGAAGAAAGGCAGGCAGAUGGGACAGAAGGAGAUCCUGAAUCUGACCCUGUUAUCAGUGCCACUGAAGCUCCCAACACUGAGGGAGAGAGGCAGGCAGGGGAAACUGAGGGUGCCAGGGAUACAACAGGACCUGAAGCUGUGAACAGAGAAACUGAAGCUCCCAUUGAAGAAGAAAACCAGGCAGAUGAGAUAGAAGGAGCCCAUGGCCAACUCUCCCCAGAAUCUGUUGGUAACAAUGCAGCCACACCUCCAGACACCAGGGAAGAGAAGUCAUCAGCUGGACCAGGUGCAGAAGGCAGUCAGCUUCUUGGUGCUGCCGCCCUACAAGAACUUGACACACCCCCAGAUUCAAGAGAAGUUGACUCUGCUACAGGAGUUGAAGGUAACACAGCUGAGAAGCCCCCAGUGCCUUCUAAUAAUGAGGAAGAAGUAGUAUCUGAUGGUCUGCAAGAACAGGCUUCUCCCGUAGAUGGAGUUCAAGCCCCUGUCACUACUGACACUGAUGUACAGGCAGUGUCAGAAGAGGUAGAGAGGUUGAACUUGGAAAGUCCCUCAACAGUGGAGGCAAGCCAGAGUGAUACAGCAAAGAAGAAGAGUUUGUUGUCGCGGUUUAGUUUUCGCAGCUUCCGUGAGACAGCUUCAGGCAUCAAAAAGAGAUUGACCCCUCAAAAACGUUCUGACAAAAGUUCAGUUCAGAGGUCCACCAGUACACCUUCUGCUGGAGGUACAAGUAGUGAGUCAUUGAUGAUGACCAGGAGCACCAGUUUUGACAGUGGGAAGGCCACCACUGCUGCAGCUAGUGGGAGAACCAAGCCAGCUGUACCUGCCAAAUCAACUACUGAUAAAGCUGCCAAAGAGAAACUUCAAGAAGAAGAAAAGCUGGUCAGUUCCUUACCAAGCCCACCUAGUGACAAGGUGGAGGAAAAGAAGUCUGAAAAGACACAGAAGAAGAAAGGCAAGACUUCUCAAGCUCCACUAGCAGCUACUUAAGUGUCUUAAGUGUGUGAGGAGUGAGAAUUAAGGCGCUGUCUCUUCUGCCCUG